GGAAAAUUAACUCACAUCGCUUUCUACAUUCUACAUGCCUGGUACUUUUAGGAUGGCACUAUUAUUUUUUUGCGUUUUUCUUUUAUUUGAUUUUUCAAAUUCACUCCCUGUAGAAGAUGCGGAUAUCAUCUAUCUAUGGGACGAUUAUGCAUCUAACAAUAUUGAUGAUGACAUUGAUAACGUAAUAGAUAUAUCAGAUCUGGAUUCACAGGCGUAUGGAAGUCCCAAGAAUGAAAGUGGAGACGCGAUAUCGGAAUGGACCGAAUCAUCUCUAAUGAACCCGGAAGAAAUGGGCAGUUAUUUAGAGGGCGAUAUUUUAAUACCAAAUUUAUCGCGAAAUGGUAUGAGAGACAAAACAUCGCGUUGGUCCAAAGGCAUCAUACCUUACGUUAUCGAUAGUAGCUUCAACCAAGACCAGCGUGAUACGAUCAGAAAGGCCAUUGCCGAUUACCAUCGACUGACUUGUUUGAGAUUUGUUCCUCAUCAGAAGGAAGCUGAUUACAUUAUCAUAAAAAACACAAAAACAGGUUGUUGGUCCAGCGUCGGUCGUAUAGGAGGGCGUCAGGAGGUGAACCUACAGUCUCCAGGCUGCGUGUCCAAGAAGGGGACAGUCCUGCAUGAACUGCUGCAUGCGAUCGGCUUCAUGCACGAACAGAGCCGGCCAGAACGAGAUGACUAUGUUACUAUACAAUAUAAUAACGUUAAACCUGGAGCAGAAAUAAAUUUCAAGAUAUCUGACAAGAAAAACACAAAUGAUUUUGGUAUUGGAUAUGACUACAACAGUGUGAUGCAUUAUUCGGAAUUUGCGUUUUCGAAAAACUCCAAGAGAACUAUAGAGCCAAAGAUGAAAAACGUAAAAAUUGGUCAGCGGGAAGGAUUGAGUCGCGGCGAUGUUAAGAAAGUUAACAACAUGUAUAACUGCAAUAAGGAAGAACCACAAACUGGCUGGUUGGGAUCUAUUUGGCAAAAUAUGUUCAGCGGCAAGGGUCGAGAUAUUUAUUAGAAAUAAUACCUAUUUAUGGUAUUUGAAUAAAUGGCAAAAUUGUUUUUAAUUUUGUAUCACAUUUGAUUUUCUUAAGAAUCUCUGUAUUUAUAAGCUUUUAAUAAAACAAACAGUUUAAA